UCUUGAUUUCCUCCAUUUCUGUGGGACUCGUCGGAUUCACUCACCAUCCAUCCAUUGUUUUCGACUCUUGCGGCCUUGUCCCACCCAUAAAGCCGAUGGGUUAGCUCCCCCGCGCCGCACGCCCAAGAACACGAGGAGCCAACGCCACGGCGACGGCCGUCCUCUCCCGGCCAGCACCGUCGCCGGCUGCGUUUCAACCCUGCCUUCGCUUCUCCCUUCACCCCGCGCGGCUCUCUCUCUCUUGGCGACGAUUGGGGGACCACUGCCGCCGCUCAACGCCAGGUAGACAGGUCUUGGCCGGCUCUCCGCCGGCGACGAGCACCCGCCAGUUUUGUGAUCAGUGAAACUAAUGGCUGCUGCUGAAGCAAGGGCUGCUUGGCAACGUGCUGCAAACCGUUGCCUUGUUCAGGAGGACAGGAAGAGAGCUCCAAAACUAGCUUGCUGUCCACCAUCGGCUGAACAACAUGGUACAAACAAUGGGAACUGUCGAAAUUCCGCUGAUCGUCCCAUCUGCAGUUUAGUGCCUUUGAGAUGGAAUCCCAUGCAUUCUAAUCUGCCACCAGAUUUCAGAUGGUGGGUUCAGUCACAGCCAAAUUUUGGGAUCCAGAAGGAUAUUGUUAGUGAGCGGCUGCGUUCGCUGGGCACGGACAUUCAUGAGAAGCAAGUGGAAGAUUCAGCGCCACAACCUAAACAUGAGGAAACAUUACUCUGUCAAGCAGUUGAUGCCAACACUGAAAAGAUUGGGGAUGUUUUGGAUCCUCCAUGGAUGGUUUCGUCAGCCUUCACGAAGUAUUCCCUUGAAACAGGCUUAGAAGAGAUGAAGACUGUUGAUAGCUAUUCUCAAGUGUCUAAGUGCAUAGAAACUCUCAGCAAUUGUUUGUACAAGGAUAAUGAAUCCCCAGAUUUUGAAUGUAUUGACCCAGCACCUUUGAAGAACCCAGAUAAGGCUAAUUUUGAUAUGGAUGCACCUUGGAAAGGUGAAAAGAUUCGACCAUGGUGGCAGAUUGCUGAUGAGGAGCAGCUGGCUUCACUAGUUGCAGAAAGAGCAACACAGCACAUUGAGAAUUGUGAUCUACCAAGGCCUACCCAGACAGUACGUAUUAACAGGACAGAACCACAUACUCGCAAACAUAUAGGUGACUAUGGGGGAUCUUCAUCUCCUGCAGGAAGAGUGACACAUCCUGUUCCUGGACAUUGUGACCAUAUCGAGUGUAGCUAUAGCACAGGAAGUACAGAUGAGUUGGUUUUAUUAUAUGGUAAUGGAGUUUGGGAACAGCAUGGAAGGAAUGAUACAUAUAGUGCGGCUCAAUAUUUUUCUAGCAGUAGCACAACCGGAUUGGAAAGCAAACAAACACUCUGGAAUGCUUCAGAGCGAGACAAGAUUUUGGAGGCACUCCGCCAUUCACAAACCCGUGCUAGAGAAGCUGAUAUGGCUGCCAAGAAAGCGCACAAUGAGAAAGACGAUGUCAUCAAGCUUUUGUUCCGACAAGCCUCACAUCUCUUUGCUUGCAAUCAGUGGCUGAAAAUAAUGCAGCUGGAGAAUAUUGUCCUGCAGCUCAAGCACAAAGAGCAUCAGAUAGCAGCCAUCAUACCUGAACUUCCAUGGUUAACCCUAAAAGAGAAGCCUACACACGGUCAGGAACAGAGAGAUUGGACUAGGAGGAAGGGUAGAAGGCAGAAGAAGGGAGGUGGGUUCUUUGACACGAUCUUAUUUGCUGUUGGGUUAGGUCUUGCUGGAGCUGGGUUUCUUCUUGGGUGGGCUCUUGGGUGGCUGCUGCCAAAGUUGUAAAGUUAUUGUUAUUUUUCUUUGGGUGUAGCGAGCUAGGCAACUGUAUUUUGCUGGGUAGGAUCCAUACAUGGAAGACCAAGUGCACCCCUUCAUGAAAAUGGUGUCAAAUGAUCAAAUUUGUUAGACCCUAGCAUCUGUUGAUCUGGAAACCAUGAUGGUGCAAUGGUGUAAAUGAAUGUCAAGUUGUCCACACUGCACCAGGAGAGCAUUUUUUCCAAAAUAUUUUGUUUGUUGUAAAUAUGUGUGGUGUCGGUAUCUCUGAAUAUUGUACAUAUGGAUCGGUGUUUAAAUUGAAGCUUUGUCAUCU